AUGACUGCUACUGAGCUUGUCCAUACCAGGCAGGAGAAGGAUGAGACCUUGAAAGCCUUUAUGCAGCGGUACAUCGAGACGGCCCGGCGGGUGCCAGAUAUUACUCCCACUUUCAUCAUCAGCAAUCUGUCGUCCUGCUUAAGGCCGGGGCAAUUCUCAGAACAAUUAUAUGCUGACCCUCCAGCAUCCAUGGAAGAAUUGCAAUCCACUAUGGAAAAAUUCAUCCGCAUCGAAGACCACCGUAAUUCCAGAAAGAAGCACCACCAAGAUGUCCCCAACCAGGAGACAAGAAAACCAACGAAACGACCCCCCAACGACUACAGGCCAGACCGAGCACCUCGGAAGGAGUCAGGGUGGACAUCUAAAUAUGAUCGCUACACGACCCUCAACGCGCCAAGGGCGAGGGUACUGGAAGAGGCCUUACACGCCGAACUUCUCACCGUGCGACGAAAGGCCACCCCAAAGAACGCGGACAAUAGCAAAACCUGCCGGUUCCACUUGAACCAUGGGCACGACACGGAAGAGUGCAACAUGGUAAAAGACGAGUUAGAACGACUCAUUCGUGCAGGUUAUCUCCAGAAUUACAUCAAGGAAAGAGUUUCCACUAGAGCAACAACUCCUCGCCAAAGAGAUCCUCCUAGGCGAAGUCCCCAGCGAUCACCCACUAGAGAUUAUCGACACCGCAGGCGGUCGCGCAGUCCGCCUCGACGCAUAGAGAGAGAACGCUCAGUUCGAGGCCGCAUCGACACCAUAUCUGGUGGUUUCGCUGGGGGAGGCGUGUCGGCUUCGGCGAGGAAGCGACAUUUGAGACAGCUGAAGUCGGUUCAUAUGGUCGAGCGCCAACCUCGGUCAAUCCCCGACAUUACGUUCACGAACACAGACUUCCAUGCACCCGACCCUGAUCAUGACGACCCUAUGGUCAUCACGGCUAAUAUAGCUCGGUAUGAUGUCAGCAAGGUCCUCGUCGAUCAAGGAAGUUCGGUCAAUAUUUUGUAUUGGUCCACCUUUCAGAGAAUGGACCUAUCUGAGGAUCUCAUCGCCCCGUUUAAUGAGCAGAUUGUCGGAUUCUCAGGAGAACGAGUAGACACCAGGGGAUACCUUGACCUGCGAACUCGGCUCGGAACAAGUCGAGAAUCACCUGAGCAUCGAGUUAGAUUUCUGUUGGUCGAGGCCAACACGUCAUACAACGCCCUGCUAGGACGCCCUUGCCUGAAUGCGUUCGGGGCAAUCGUGUCUACUCCUCACCUCGCCAUGAAGUUCCCGACAGAUCAUGGUACUAUUUGUACCGUGAGGGCUGAUCAACGAACAGCCCGACAGUGUUAUGUCGCCGGGCUAAAAGUUACCCCCUUCAUUCCAACUAAAAGGGCAAAGGGAGUCGAGGCAGCAGCAGUCGACUUAGACCCACAAACCAAUGUUGACGAACGUCUUCAUCCACAAGGCGAGGUCAAGCUCCUAUCCCUGACGAAUGACGCGUCUAGAACCACCAGCAUUGGCGGGGACCUCGCCUUGAACGAAGAGCACGACCUAGGUCAUAUACUGCGGAAUAAUGCAGACUUAUUUGCAUGGACAGCCGCUGACAUGCCAGGAAUCCAUCCAGGGGUUAUGGCUCACAAAUUAUCCAUCUUCCGGGAGGCAAGACCGGUCGCCCAGAAGAAACGAAGGUUCGGAGAAGAAAAGCGCCGAGCCGUUCAAGUGGAGGUCGAAAAGUUGAUGAACGCCAAGUUCAUCAGGGAGUUAACGUAUACUACGUGGCUGUCGAACGUAGUUAUGGUCAAAAAAUCGAACGGCCAAUGGAGAAUGUGUGUCGACUUCACUGAUCUCAAUAAGGCAUGCCCUAAAGACUCGUAUCCCUUACCCAGCAUCGAUCGUCUGGUGGAUGGAGCUUCAGGUCAUGUCAUACUAAGCUUCCUCGACGCCUACUCGGGUUACAACCAGAUUCCAAUGUACGAGCCCGAUCAAAGCAAGACAGCCUUCAUUACUGAACGUGCUAAUUACUGUUAUGAAGUAAUGUCGUUUGGAUUGAAGAAUGCCGGGGCCACUUAUCAGCGCCUUAUGGAUAAAGUCUUCCAUCACCAAAUUGGACGAUGCAUGGAUGUGUAUGUCGAUGACAUGGUUAUUCGCAGCAAUUCUGUCGAACAACACCUGCAGGAUUUGAAGGAGGUUUUCGCCCAACUUCGACGGUAUAGCAUGCGCCUUAAUCCCUCCAAGUGUACUUUCGGUGUCCCCGCCGGCAAGUUCUUAGGCUUCAUGCUCACGCGUCGAGGUAUUGAAGCCAACCCCGACAAAUGCAAGGCGGUACUCGACAUGACUGCUCCAAAGACCCUGAGAGAGGUACAACGUCUAGUGGGUCGCCUCACCGCCCUGUCCAGGUUUAUUCCAAAGCUGGCUGAGCACAUCAAGCCUAUCCUGAAGAAUUUGAAAAAGGGCUUCACUCAGCACUGGGACGAUGAUUGUGAGACAGCAUUCAACACUGUCAAACACAUCCUAACCAGUCCUCCAAAUAUGGCUCGACCAAACGAUGGCUCCGACUUGCAGUUGUACAUUUCAGCUUCCCAGCAUGCAGUUAGUGCCGCCUUGAUACAGGAAACGCCCUCCCUUAAGCUCAUUUACUUCAUCAGUCGCACAUUGCAAGGGGCUGAGGAGCGAUAUUCUCGAAUAGAGAAGUUCGCCUUGGCACUACUCACGGCCUCUCGUCGACUUCGACCAUACUUCCAGAGCCAUCAGGUGAUAGUCCGCACGGAUCACCCCAUCGCCAAAAUUCUCCGCAAGCCAGACCUGGCAGGGCGAAUGGUUGCUUGGUCCGUAGAACUAUCAGAGUUCGGCCUCCGUUACGAGCCGCGUGGGUCUAUCAAGGGCCAACAUUUGGCAGAUUUCGCAGCUGAGUUAGUACCUGCCCCAGAGGACUCAGCGACAAGGUCGCUACUCAGUGUCGAUGGAUCCUCCGACAAAAGGGGAGGAGGAGCCGGGGUCGUCCUAGAAGGACCUGACGGUUUAGUUAUAGAACAAGCCAUCAUAUUCAACUUUCCAGUUAGUAACAACCAGGCCGAAUACGAAGCUUUGAUCGCUGGCCUAUCCCUGGCUAGAGAGCUCUCAGUUAAUUGUGUAGAAUGUCGGAUGGACUCGAAAUUGGUUGUUAGCCAUGUCAACGAAAUCUAUCAAGUUAAGGAUAAUCAGCUAUUACGCUAUUUCCACAAGGUUCAAACCUUAUUACAAAAUUUCAUUGAGGUUAAUGUCAUUCAUGUACCCAGGGAGCAAAACGCAAGAGUUGAUCUCUUGUCCAGGUUAUCUCAUUCUAAGGAUCGCGCACAGUUAUCCUCAAUCAUUAGGAUGACACUCGACCGUCCUGUAGUGGAAGCUUUCGUCACCAAUGUGGCAACACCGGUAACCGACUGGCGGCAGAAGGUCAAAGAUCUUAUGGAGAAACAGGACAAAGGCGAUCGCAUCACUACAGCGGAUUCCAAACGUAUUGCGCGUUUUGUAUGUAUAGGUGACGACCUAUACCGUCGCGGCCAUAGUACUCCUCUGUUGAAGUGUAUAUCAGAGGAGGAAGCAGACUAUGUUCUACGCGAAUUGCAUACCGGGAUAUGUGGAUUUCACUCUGGCAAGCGGACUCUGAGAGCACGUGUUCUCCGUGCAGGGUAUUACUGGCCUACGCUCGACCACGAUUGUGAGGUCUUCGUCAAGAAGUGUCUCUCUUGUCAGGCACAUGGUCACGACAUACGUGCACCUCCCGAAGAUUUACACAAUAUAGUCUCUCCCUGGCCGUUCGCUCAGUGGGGCCUCGACAUAGUUGGUCCUCUGCCGAUCGUCAAAGCCCAGAACAAGUUUCUCCUCGUAGCGGUCGACUACUUCACCAAAUGGAUAGAGGCUGAGCCAUUGUCCGUCAUCAGUGCUCAACGAGUGCAGAAAUUCAUAUGGCGCCUGAUCUGUCGGUUUGGUUUACCUCAGAAGAUCAUCACCGACAACGGUCGUCAAUUCAUCGAACGCAAGUUAGAAGAUUUCCUUAGCGAUCUGGGCAUCAAACAUGUCACCUCGUCAGUCGAGCACCCUCAAACAAAUGGCCAAGCCGAGGCUGCCAACAAAGCCAUUCUGACAGAAUUAAAGAUCGCAGUCGAGGUAGGCGAGCCCUCAUUGAGGCGUCAUAUUACUGAUAUGUCACUUAAUGAAGAACAGUUGCGGACAAAUCUCGACAUCCUUCCCGAACGUCGAGAGAUCGCCACCAUUCGCGCAGAGGCCCAGAAGCGCCUGAUAUCCCGAAGAUACAACACCAAGGUCAAGCCCAGAGCCUUCAAAAGUGGAGAUCUGGUGUGGCGAAAGCGGGGAGAGGCUAGGAAGAAUCGAGCCCACGGCAAGCUUGCGGCUAACUGGGAAGGACCCUUUCGGGUUGCAGAGGACAUGUCAAACGGCGCAUAUCGCCUCCAGCUUCUUGAUGGACAACCAGUUCCCAACACCUGGAACGCCACUGACCUUAAAUAUUACUUUAGUUAA